UUUUCACUAAUCUAUCGGGCAAGCCGUGAUGGAUUUAAGGAUCAAAAUUUUCGCAGGAUAUGUUCUUCCAAAGGUCCGACCGUUGUUAUUGCAAAGGUUAUGAAUCAUCCAAAUAUAUUCGGCGGCUAUAAUCCUUCUUCUUGGGUUAAUACUAGUUAUCAAAAUUACAAUCAUGCAGAUAACAGUUUCGUUUUUGAGAUGCCAGAUGGAAAGUCAACCGCAGGAGCACGCAUUGGCAGGUGUGGUUAUUUGAGUGGUCGACGAUACAACGGUUAUGGUCCGUUUUUUGGCAGCAACUUUUAUAUAAAGGAAGAAAAAUGGAGUUCGAAUACAUCAGAAUGUGAUCGUUAUGGCAUUGCAUGUAGUGUUGCUAGUGGCACUCUUGAACAAUACGAAGUUUUUAUAGUAAGAAACUGA